ACAGCGUGAGUGGGGGCAGGGCAGAGAGAGAGGGAGACAUAGAAUCUGGAUCAGGCUCCAGGCUCAGAACUGUCAGCACAGAGCCCGACACGGGGCUUGGCUUGAAUUCACCAACCUUGAGAUCACGGCCUGAGCUGAAGUCGGACGCUUAACCGACUGAGCCACCCAAGUGCCCACCGUAAAUUAUUUUUUGACUACUAGACUUAUAUUCGUGACCAAUAGUAUUUAUGCAAUUAUUAUCUCAUUCCUGCUGUAGCCAUUUCCUUCUUCUAGUACAGGGAACAUUUUUACUUUUCCCCUGCAGAUUUGGAGACCAGAAAAUUAAGCCCAAAGAAUGUAUUUUCUGAAGAAGAAUCAUACCAGGGGAUAAGUAUGGAGAAAAACACAGAGGUUGAUGCAAGUUUGAAAGAAGCCUGGGGGUAUACAGAGUUCAAAGAGGAUGCUCAAGAUAGACUCCGGAAAGAAGCAACGGUUAUCUUCAAGAAAAUAACUUCUGUAGCUGAGAGUAACCCCAAAUGUAUUGAAUCUGGCAGACGUGUUAGUCAAAAGUCAGACUUUGUCACACAAUCAAGACAUCCUAAAGAAGAGAGACCAUAUAUAUGUGAUGCUCAGGGAAAGAUCUUUAAACAGAAUUCAAAAUUAGCAAGACAUCAGAAAGAUAGCACAAAUGAGAAAGCUCUUCAGUGUAAUGAAUGUAGUAAACUACUCAGUGAUCGCUCAGUAUAUGUGCAACAUUGUGUAGCUCAUAGUGGAGAAAAAAAUUUGGAAUGUAAUCAGUAUGGGAAGACCUUUGGCCAUGGCAUACACCACACUGAACAUGAGAAAACCAAUAUUGGAGAGAAGUCUUAUGAAGAUAGGAAAGGCUAUAUCUGGGACUCGUACCUUACCAAACAUCGUCAGAGUGUUCAUGGUGGGAAGGAAUAUGAUGCGCAUGAAAGAGCCUUAAUUCAGAAUGCACCUUUUAUUCAGCAUCAGAGAACCCAAUACAGAGAGAAACCUUAUGAAUGUAGUGAAUGUAGAAAAGCUUUUGGUAAUUAUUCAGCCCUUACAGUACAUCAGAGAAUUCAUACUGGAGAGAAACCAUAUGAAUGCAAUGAAUGUGGGAGAGCCUUUAAUCAUAGUGCCUCUCUUAUUCAACACCAGAGAAUCCAUACUGGAGAGAAGCCCCAUGAAUGUAAUGAAUGUGGGAAGGCUUUUAUUAAGACAACGCACUUUAUUCAACAUCAGCGAAUUCAUACUGGAGAGAAACCUUUUGAAUGUAACGAAUGUGGUAAGGCCUUCAGUCACAAUUCAUCCCGUAUUGAACAUCAGUUUAUUCAUACUGGAGAGAAGCCCUAUGAAUGCAGUAAAUGUGGGAAAGCCUUUAGCCACAACUCGUCCCUUAUCGUCCAUCAGUUUAUUCACACUGGAGAGAAACCCUACGAAUGCAGUGAAUGUGGCAAGGUCUUCAGUCAGAGCUCACACCUCUAUCAACAUCAGAGAACUCACACUGGAGAGAAACCUUACACCUGUAAUGUCUGUGGGAAAGCCUUUAGUGAUCGAUCGGCCCUUAUUCGCCAUCAGAGAACUCAUACUGGAGAAAAACCCUACACGUGUAGAGAAUGUGGUAAAGCUUUCAGUCAGAGCUCAACUCUCAUAAAACAUACAAAAAUCCACACAGGAGAGAAACCUUACACCUGUAAAGAUUGUGGGAAAGCGUUCAGCCAGAGUUCGUCUCUUACUCAGCAUCAGAAGAUUCACACUGGAGAGAAACCGUUUGGUUGUCCUGAGUGUGGGAAAGCCUUCAGCAGAAGUGCCCAUCUUACUCAACAUCAGAGGAUUCACACUGGAGAGAAGCCCUGUGAGUGUAAUGAAUGUGGGAGAGCUUUUAGGUGUAGUUCAGCCCUCAUUAGGCAUCAAAGACUUCAUAGUGGAGAAUCACUCUGAACGUGUCAUCCAGACUCUUCACUUUGUUAAAUACCAAAGAAUCAGACUCUCGUGGGUUAUUAUAAUUGUGAUCCUUUUUUUUUUUUUUUUCCAAAUGCUGAAAAUGCUCCCAUUUCCUCCUGCAAAGGAUUAGCUGCCGGAAUACCACAAAUCCACAGGAAGAAACACUGAUCUGAAACCUGGAGUAGCCCAAGAGACUCCAACCAUCAGACUUUCUGUGUGUGCGUGUAUGUGUGUAUUUUCAUCUGUACCUGAAAAUGACUAAUGUCACCAGGAAGUGAUUUUUUUUUUCCCCUGGCCCCAGGGAUAGGCUGUUCCAACAUGCAAAGGAGUUCUAGUUCAGAAUUGAGCCCAUUGCUCCUCCUUGUACUGACAGGAAUACUGCCGUGUCCAAGUUCAAUCGACUCAUGGUGGAUCGUAUAUUCAGCGACCUUUCUAUGAAUCUUUGCCUUACUAUACAAUUAUUCCUACCCCUAGCAAUACUGUCCUCACUAAAAGGGCUCCUUUGAACUCUCCCUUCUCACUGACUUUCCUAUCCUUCUACUUAAAGUGCUUAUAUAGUGUUAGCUACAGCUUCAAGUUCAACAGGGCUUGAGUUUCAGAGCUGAAAAGCACAACUGAAGAUAGAGAAAAAAAAAAAGGAUUUUUUGUUCCGAAAACUGUAAGACAAAAUACUCUGAUGGAAUGGUGACAUCUGGAAAUAAUCAUUGAAAUACAUGAAUUUUUUAGUACUUUCAGAAAUUCUAGGUGAGGGAAAAGAGUCCUCCAUAACAGUGUCUGUUAUUAGAAACCGAGCCCUUAAAAUAAUGUUCAAUAACCCCUUAGGUAGCAAGGUCCUUUCAAAAGCUUUUCUUUGGAGCCAGUGGUUUGGAUUGUGGAGAAACAUUUGCCCUACCUCCAGAGGCCUCAUCAUAGAUAAGAUUAUCUAUGUUUAGAACAAGUUUAUAUUGUUAAAACAAAUUUAUGUGGUUAAAACUACUCAUGGUUGACUUACUUGUGUUGAAUAAAGGGAAAAUGAAUAUACAUGUUAUAUCUCAAACUCCUCCAAGAAGCUUGGAUAGAUUUCACUAUUGUGAUGAGCUCAUUGUAUGUUGACUCCAGGUUUGAUUUGAGGAUUGCGGGACCAGAUCUUUGUUGAUUAAAGCAGGACUUUCUGCCUUUUCUGAGGAGGCAUUACUAUUUUUUAGGGUUGUUGUUUUUUUAAUCAAGAGGCAGUUGUGGGGCGCUUGGGUGGCUCAGUCGGUUAAGUGUCCGGCUUCGGCUCAGGUCACGAUCUCACGGUUUGUGAGUUCAAGCCCCAUGUUGGGCUCUGUGCCGACAACUCAGAGCCUGGAGCCUGCUUCAGAUUCUGUGUCUCCUCUCUCUCUGCCCCUCCCAUGUUCACACUCCGUCUCUCUCUCUCAAAAAUAAACAUUAAAAAAAUAAAAAAAGAGGCAGUUGUUACAUUAUCACUCUUUAAUUUGCAAGUUAGUCUUCUUUAAGACCCAACUUAAAGUGUCACCUUGUUCCUGACCACCACAGUUGAAAAUAAUCUGCUCUUCUGAAAACCUGUGCCACUCAUUAUAUCCCUCAUAUAUGCCUAUAAAAUCUAUUUUUAGUUCGAUCUUCCUAUUGGGCUUUCUCUCUGGCUUUAACACAGUUCUCCCUGUGAGGAAAGUAACUAUCAUGUUAGGUCUUUUGUUGUUGACUUUAAGCAAAGUACCUGCACACUUUUUUUUUUUUUUUUAAUUUUUAAGUUUAGAGCAUGAGCGCACAAGAACAGGGCAGAGGGACAGAAUCUUAAGCAGGCUUCAUGCUCAGCACAGAGCCCGACACAGGGCUUGAUCCCACAGCCCUGGAAUCAUGACCUGAGCCAAAAUCAAGAGUAGGGUGCUCAACCAACUGAGCCACCCAGGUGCCCCCACAUGGUUUUAAAAAUUCAUAUACUGGGGUGCCUGGGUGGCUCACUCAGUUAAGCGUCCAACUCUUGAUUUUGGCUCAGGUCAUGAUCUCAUGGUUUGAGAGUUCGAGCCCCAUGUCAGGCUCUGUGCUGACCGCUCGGAGCCUGGAGCCUGCUUCAGAUUCUGUGUCUCCCUCUCUCUCUAUCCCUCCCCCACUCACAUUCUGUCUCUCUCAAAAAGAAAAAAAAAAGUUAAAGAUCCAUUCUUUUCCUUUUACAAGCAUAAGGUAAGGUAGAAGUCAAUGACCAAACUGCCAUUUGUUUUUUGUUUGUAUUUAGGUCUCCCCAAACCCCUUUCAGAAGAUUUCCCUGGCAGUAAUAGCUAAUACUUGUGAAGAUUUUUUAUACUCCGGGCACUGUUCAGGCACCUCUAUGCACCAGCUCAUUCAUUUCUCCCAACAGUGCUCUUAGAUAGGUACUCUUAUCCCUGU